GGGGAUGGGGAAGCCACCCUGCUCGCCUCGGCGUCCCAGCCAAACUCCAGCUCUGCCCCGCGGGUCCCGUUCCGCCGGGCCGGCUCCCGGAGCAGGCUCGCCGCGGGCAGAGCGCUCACACCCCACGUCGCGACUCCCUUCCACCCGCCCGGCAGCGGACACCAGCCCCGGGCUCUCCCGGACACCGGAGCGCAGCCCGCCGUCCUUGCCCGGCCCCGCUGCCCCACGGCUGGAGCCCCCACGGAGCGGGAGCACAUCCCGGCCGAGGAGAGCGGCGUGCGGCGCGGGGCCAGCGAGCGGACUGGCGACGGGAGCGGGGUCCGAGCCGGGCGGGGUAACCUCCCUCGGCAGGGGGACGUGCCCCUUUGUGCCGGGAAGCGACACGCGCGCCUCCGCCCGAGCAUCUCUUCAACUCCAGAUCUGAUGAGGAUUAAAAUCCAGGAGAUAAAGCUGCCAGCCUGGCCCUCUGGACUUGGGUGCCCUCUCCCCUUCACGGGCUGCUGGAAGGGAGACACUCAUCGAUUGUUCCUUGCCCUCCCCCGCCCCUCGCCUCUAAAAGCAGCACAAGCUCAACGAGAAGGCUCUUACCUUCCCCGGGUGGCUCCCGGGCCGCCGGGACGGGCGCUCAGCGCCCGCUGCUCCGCGCAGGCAAGCGGUCCUUCCCCCUCCUCCGCUCCAGGCGGGCAGCUCCAGCUCCGUGCCCGCAACCCCGCGCUCCGGAGGUGUCAGCCAGCGGACCACAGCCGGGCCGGCACUGGCGGCUCCACUCUCCGCGGGACGAGGAGCUGCUGACGGUGGGAGGAGGAGGAGGGCGGUGGGGAGGUCCCGACUCUUCCCGGGAUGCGCCGCCGAGGUGGCCGCCUCCUCCGCCGCCCAGCUCAGCUCUCUCCGGGGCCUGCCCGCUCCGCGCUGUCCCGAGGUGCAGCCCGGCCCCGUCCGCCUGUCCGUCCCGCUCGCCUUCCCCCGCCCCUUUCGCCGGCGGCGAACCGCGCGGCGCACAGGCCCCGCCGGCGGCCAGGAGGACCCGUGGGCGACGGGGGAUUCCGGCCCAGCCUCCUGUCCUCUCCCCGGGGCCUGGUGCACACUCUCCGCGGGGAAAGGAGGCCCUGCCCCGGCCUGGCGAGCAGCUCCGGGAAGGUCACCGGCACCGUGGAGCCGAGCACGGAGGCUCCCUCCGGCACCGCCGCGGUCGUUGCUACUGCUGCCGGCCCGACAUCAGCGACCGCUGGGUGCCGCGCUCCGCCCGGGCUCGCUCCGUGCCCGUGCCUGGCGGCCGCCUCCGACUCUGAGUGCCAGGCUGCCCCCUUCCCCUUCCUUCCUUCCUUGCCUCCCGCCCCUUCCCCGCUGCCAGCCUUCCCCCGCCGGCUCCCUCCGGCGCCCGGUGCCAGGCUGCCCCCUGCGGGUCCCGGGGCCGCGGCUACACGCCCGGCGGGGCCGAGGAGGAGCCGGGCGCGGGGGCGGCCGCCGCUGCCGGUCCGCGAGUGCCGGGAGCCGUGUGCCCGCUGCCGCCGCGCUGCCCCGGGCUGGCUCAGCGGCGGCUGCAGCGACUGUGUGUCUGUGUCAUGUCUGUGCCUGGGCGGGCGGAGGCGCGGGGCCGAGGCGGGGCCAUCCCGCUCACACGCCGCCCAGCGACAGGCGCAGAGCGCCCAACCAGCGGCGGCCGCCGGCGCGCACCGCCCGCCCGCACCGCGGGGCGCCCCGGGCCGCUACACCUGGGUAGGGCGGAGGGGACCGCGACGGGCUGCCCGCACCCCGGCGCUCUCACAGCCGUCCCGCCGGGGGGGCUGCGGGGGCACAGCCGGCCCCGCACGGGGGCCGCGCCCCGCACCCGGCGCUCCCCGCCCGCCCAGCGGUCCCGAGCACCGGCCUGGCGCGGGGAAGUGCGGGGCGGCCCGGCCCGGCCCCCGCCUCGGGCGCUGGUGCCCGUCGGGGGGGCGAGGCGGCGCCUGGCCUUCAGCGUGAGCGCCCGGAGGGGGAAGACCCGACUCCGACCGGCGAAACCGCGUCAGGAAUGAAUAAAUAUCACGGCUUUUGGCUUAAGUGUGGUGGAGCGUGUCCCUGCGAUGUGUCCCUGCGUGCUGGCAGCUGCUGAGAGUGAAGUGAUAAGCGCACCUUAUUUUUGCUUUUCUUUUUUAUAUUUUUUUUUAUUUUGUUUUUAUGUUGAGCAACCAUCAACGCGCGCUUUUUUUCCCCGUUAUUGUUAUUAAUCAUUUUUCUUUCACUUCAUUAGCGGUGUAAAAAUGGAUUGUUGCAAUAUGUUAGCAUACUAAGAGGACCGUAUGAUAACCUGUGCGUAUGUUUGGAGAGGAUGCAUGAAAUUCCGAGAGGAGUGUGCAAGGAGAACAGAAAUGAGCAAAUGGGACUAAGGGAAUAGCUUAAGAGAAAAGUGUUGUUCUUUAGAAGAUACCACAGAUGCUAAUUUCUCCCAUUACAUCAACUGCUUAAAUGCUAUAAGUCAUGCAGAAGUUGCUUUUUUGUGGGCAGAAAUUAUGCUUUUCAAUAUACUGUAUGAAAAUGUUGUGAACUGUUGAACAGGUUGUUCAAAGCAUGGUAGUAUUUGCUAGACUUGAUUAAAGUGUUGGACCAUCAAGCUUAGUAUUCUGCUGCCAGCAGCAUCCACUUCCUGAUGCUUUAAUCAAGAGUGGUAUCGGAUGAACUGAAGUAAAUCACAAAGUUGAACAUGCCAGUGAUGUAAUGUAAGUGUUACUAACUGCAAAUUUUGACAUAUUGUGACAACUAGGAGAGCAUUUUGCAGAAAAAAAAUAACUCUGCUUAUCUGUAAAAAUAAUUUAGUUCUGAUAUGAAGAAUUUUCUGGAGAAGCUGCAGUAACAUACAGAUUGGUCUCUAUUGUGCUUGUUUUUUUCAUGAGCAAAUCAAAGUCAGAAAUGAGCUAUACUAAACUAACUAAUUUUCUCCUUUCUCCUAAGUGAAGCUAUAGGAUCAGCCUUCAAGUAAUAAUGUUUUCUUGCACUGUUGAAGGAUUGCAACUGCUUUGGUGACAGUCACAAUGAAGAAAUUGCUGGGGAAGUAUGGAGGAGGAAAUAGGAUUGUGUGUAUAUAGCUUCAUUAUUAAUAAAACUCGAUUAUCUACUGCCUGUUAUUGGAAUUCUCUGCAGUUCCACAUUCUUUAGUUUCAUGCUAUAUCUUGAAAACUAAUAAGUUGUCAAAGUCUGAUCCUACAAAAUAUUGAACAAUUUCUUCAGGUUCUUAAUGUUCUUAUCUUCUGUUCGAGCAGGGAACUCUCAGCACCCACAAAAAGUCUUAGGUUUUAAGAGCAGCAUGGAUUAUUAGGAUUACCUAAUGUGCCACCGUGCAUGACAAAUGAUGGAACUUCACGUGGAAAUAAAAUGUCUUGCUUAAAAUUGCUCUGCAUCCUUCAGGUUGGGGACCUGCUCAGAAAUGGACAACAGUUGUCCAAACCCAGAGAAUGUUUGUCAGAGGCUCUAGCUGAGAAUGGUUACCACGAGAUUAUAAAACCUAACAAGGACAGGAAGAGUGACUACCUCUGAAGAUAGAGUUUCUCAGAAAUUGUGUUUAUAAGCAAGUAAUCUUUUUCAUAUCCAUAAUAAAAAUUGCUCUAUCAGUCUUUCUCCUUGAAAA